AUGACCGACUCCACUCCAAAUGGUCCUCACCGGCUGCGUUGACAGCUGAACAUAAACUAAAUCGUAUCCAUAAUAACAAAUCAUGUCUAGCAUAGCAAGGAACAGUUACAAGUUGUUUGUCGGUAAUCUGCCGUGGACUACUGGGAGCAAGGAGCUAAAAAUAUACUUUUCACGCUACGGCCAUGUGUCAAAUGCAGAGGUGGUUUUCGACAAACUGGGCCUAUCAAAAUACUACGGCUUCGUGACGUUCAGUCAACGCGACGCCUAUAAUAGCGCCAGCAAUCAGAACACACACUUUUUAGAGGGCCGCGUGUUAAACGUUCAGCGCGCCAAUGAGAACUAGAGAUAAAACGAUGAAAACAGAAGUUAAAAAUAAUGUAUUUUACUCAACCAAAUGUUGAUUAAAGAAGGUGACAAAAACGUUA